GACCCAAGACCCACUAUCGAAGGCCUACUGGAAGCUGGGUGCAUAUACAGGACUCUAUCACUCUGGAACACCCCCAUACUUCCUGUUCUGAAGGCAGGAGGAGAAACAUACCGGAUGGUGCAGGAUUUCCGGGCUGUAAAUGAAGUUACCACACCCAUCGAUCUCCCUGUUCCAGACCCACACAUCAUACUGAGCAACCUGUCACCCAAACAUCGGUAUUUCACCGUAGUGGACUUGGCCAAUGCCUUUUUCAGCAUCCCAUUGGAUGAGGCUUCCCAGCCACUUUUUGCCUUUACCUACGAGAAUCAGCAAUUUACCUAUUCCGUACUUCCCCAAGGUUACACUUCUUCCCCGGAAAUCUUCAAUUAUAUUCUGAAGACUCACCUGGCAGAACUGAAAAUCCCAGAAGGAGUGAUACUCAUACAAUACGUAGACGACCUGUUGCUGGGGGCUCCCACCUCAGACCUCUGUCUAGAAAUGACUAAAACCCUGUUAGACUUUCUGGCAGUCAAAGGCUACAAAGUCAAGAUGUCAAAAGUCCAAUCAUGCAGACGAACCGUUCUGUUCCUGGGAAGGGAAAUCUCAAGCGAGGGGGCCGGACUCUCAAAAUCACACCGAGACUCAAUCCUACAUCAUCCCAGGCCCAUUACUGUUUCAGGAAUGCUCUCUUUCCUGGGGUUGACGGGAUACAGCCGUACUCACAUCCCAGACUAUACUGAAAGAACUGAACCUCUGAGAGAAAUUGUUCGAGAAGCUGGCCCUAGAAACCUACAGGCCCCACUUACAUGGACUCCUGAAGCUUCAACGGCGUUUGGGCUCCUGAAGACUGACCUGUCUGUGGCUGCUGCUCUCACGGCACCAGACUACGGUAAAACAUUUCACCUGGAUGUUUCUGAAAAGGAAGGCUUUCCAUCCGCCGUCCUUUUUCAGAAACAUGAGGGGGAGAGAAGAGUACUCAUGUACCACUCUUCAAAACUUGACCACAUUGAAACCGGCCAGACCGCCUGUUCCAGAUACGUUGCGGCGGUAGCCAAGGCGAUUGAGAAGACAGCCCAUCUGGUAAUGUGCCACAAGAUGCAAAUACACACCCACCACGGGAUGGCAGCAUACCUCAUCAGCAAAGAAUUUACCUUCAGUGUGGACAGAAAAAACCAAAUCCAGAACAAAUGCACCCAGUCACACAUCACUUUUGUGAACACCGACAAGAACAUGGCAGAUGCACUCACCGCAGAAGAUGGCCUAGCACACUCCUGCCAAGAGAGGGCAGCACAAGAGCUCAAACUGAGACCAGACCUGGAAAAUGAACCACUGACAUCUCCAGACCUAUGGCUGUACACAGACGGAUGUUGCUACAAGGGAGACACAGUAAACGUAGCUGCCUAUGCGGUCGUACAGCAGCUGCAUGACAAAACACAUGUCACGUUGGAAUCAGGAAUUAUCCCCCAGCCAGCAUCGGCACAACUUGCGGAAAUUGUGGCUUUGACUCAAGCUCUAGAGAAAGCCGAAGGAAAAACUGUAAACAUUUACACGGACUCGGCAUACGCACACGGAGCAGUGCACAUAGAUGGACCACAAUGGGUUAGGCGCAACUUUACCACCACAGGAGCCGAGGACCUUGUUCUGCGGACCCAGGGAGUGAAUCCCGGAUAUAGGGGACGUUCCAGGAGAGACACCACCCCAUCUAGUGGAGACCCCUCCUACAUAGACGCUAUCGGAGUCCCUAGGGGAGUGCCUGAUGAGUAUAAGUUAAUAGAUCAGGGCUAUCAGGAGAGCUACCCAAUCCCAGAGGGCCAUCGUGGCUUCAUCAGUGAUGCCAGACUUCUGCAGAUGCAGAGAGCUGAGAGAGAGGCCAUGGAAGCAAAGCAAAGAAAGAUAAGUGCUAUCCAUGAGAAUUAUGUCCGGACUGCUCUCAUCGGGGUUGGCAGCACCUUCGCGCACCACUUCGUCCCCUCUAUUCAGUGCAUUCCGCGGCCGAAAGCUCCACCAAGGCCUUUGCCACGAAGGCUUGAACACAUAGCUCUGGCCCCACUGAAGAACGUGGUGGGGGUGGACGGAGCCCAAGUUCGACCCGGAUCUAAACUCUCUGGAGUCCAUCCAGAGGGGCAAGAAGAAGAAGGGCAGGCGGGAGUCGAAGCCCUGAAAGCCCAGUCGGACCAGGGCUGUGCUGACAACAACGGACCCAUUGACCUGAUGAAGGAGGUGAGGGACAUCGAGGCUCACCUGAAGGAGGAGGCCUGGGAGGUGGUACAUGAGGUGAAGGCCGUGGGCAGGAGAAGUUUGGGCUCGGCCAUGUCCACAGGGGAAAUAGCCACCAGCUCUCUGGGAAGCCUGAGCUCAGUGGAUAUGAACACCCCUACUGAGCUCCGUGACUACUUGUAUGUUGGGACCCCGGGCAAAGUUGCGUGA